ACGGUCGCAAACGCUACGGCAAUAGUACAUGAGAGGACAGUAGUCUCUUGUUGUGCGCUGGCAAGUUGUAUCCUGGGUGAACGUGCAGUCUUAGUACGCUUGUAAAACAUCUUCCAGUCAUGGAGGAAUCUGGAGAAGAGUUUAAUAAGUAUCGUUCUCCCCUGGUGUCACGUUAUGCCAGCAAGGAAAUGGCCUAUAACUUCAGUGACAGGAAGAAAUUCACGACGUGGAGGAAACUGUGGAUCUACCUGGCAAAAGCUGAAAAGGCUCUCGGCCUGCCGGUCACCGAGGCCCAGGUGGCUGAGAUGGAGAGCCACGCCGAGGACAUCGACUUUGCCAUGGCGGCCGAGGAGGAGCGCAAGCUGCGGCACGACGUAAUGGCCCACGUCCAUACCUUCGCACACUGCUGCCCUCUCGCAGCUUCCAUCAUCCACCUGGGCGCUACUUCCUGUUACGUGGGAGACAACACGGAUUUGAUCAUGCUCCGUGACGGUUUUGACAUUCUCCUGCCCAAGCUGGCCAGAGUGAUCGACAGGCUAGCAAACUUUGCCGAGAAAUACGCGGACCUCCCCACCCUGGGCUUCACACAUUAUCAGCCGGCCCAGUUGACCACAGUAGGCAAGAGAGCCUGUCUGUGGCUCCAGGAUCUGGUGAUGGACAUGCGUAACCUCCAGAGAGCCCGGGACGACCUGCGUUUCCGGGGGGUGAAGGGCACCACUGGUACUCAGGCCAGCUUCCUGCAACUCUUUCAGGGUGACCAUGAGAAGGUGGAGGAGCUGGACAGAAUGGUCACUGAGAUGGCGGGCUUUAAGAAGGCCUACCUGGUGACUGGGCAGACAUACAGUCGUAAGGUGGACAUCGACUCACUCUCUCACCUGGCCAGCAUGGGAGCCACCAUCCACAAGAUCUGCACUGACAUCCGCCUGCUGGCUAACCUCAAGGAGAUUGAGGAGCCUUUCGAGAAGGAACAGAUCGGCUCCAGUGCCAUGCCCUACAAGAGGAACCCGAUGCGCUGUGAGCGCUGUUGUAGUCUGGCUCGCCACCUGAUAGCGCUGCUCGCCGACCCGCUGCAGACCGCCUCGGUCCAGUGGCUGGAGCGCACGCUGGACGACAGUGCCAACCGGAGGAUCUCUCUGCCGGAGUCUUUCCUCACCGCUGACAUCAUCCUCAGCACCCUGCAGAACGUCGCUGAGGGCCUGGUGGUCUACCCUAAGGUUAUAGAGAGACACAUCCGUCAGGAGCUGCCCUUCAUGGCUACAGAGAACAUCAUAAUGUCUAUGGUGAAGACUGGAGGCAACAGACAGGACUGCCAUGAGAAGAUCCGUGUGCUAUCCCAGCAGGCUGCAGCCGUGGUUAAACAGGAGGGAGGUGACAACGACCUCCUGUCCAGGGUCCAGGCCGACUCUUACUUUGCUCCCAUACUGGGUCAUCUGGACAACAUCCUGGACCCCAAGACUUUUGUUGGCCGCGCCCCCCAGCAGGUGGCCAGGUUCCUCUCUGAGGAGGUGCGCCCUCUGCUGGAGCCCUACAAGGCCAAGAUGGAUGUGAAGAUUGAGCUGGAGCUUUGAAACAACAGCUGUGAAUGUGAAUCCCGUUAAAGAAAGGUCAUCAUGACAUGCUGAAGCGUAGGAAAAUAAAAGACAAUAAAAAAUUG